UUAUAAUUUAAUUUGUUUUAACAUGGCUUCGUAAUUUUAAUUUUAAUUUAAUUUCUGUGUCAAAUUGACACAAAUAAACACAUUUUUGUAAUUUUAAUGUUUACCGCCAAUGUGCCAUUUAAAUUAAAUUAAUAAUAUUUCUAAAUUAAAUUUAUAAUACUUCUUAAUUUUAACCUUUUAAUGUUGAAGAUAAUUUUAAAAUAUUUUGUCAUUAUUUCACAGUAAUAUAAGCUUAUUUUUCCUCGACCCCGAUUUCAAUUUUAAAUUCCUUUAAACUUAUUUUAAAGAUGUUGAUGAACAGUCAGAAAUUACUUGAUAUGUCUGAUAACAAGUUUGAGGAACUCAUAACACUCAUCAGAUACUCAGCUUUAAACGCCUCUGAACUUUCCUCUAAUGUUGCCGUCUCGUUUUUAUCAAAUAUGCUCAAAGAUUCCAAAAUAUACGGUCCUCCAAAUUAUGAAGUAACAAAUGAGGAGGAGAGGAGGUUUAUUGAGUUCUAUGAGGAGGAGAAACCGCUGGAAGUUGAGUCAGACUCGAGUUCAGAUUCCCGUAAAAACAGGAGAUUUAACAGAGUUUCCUCGAUUAAGAAUCGACUAAACAGGAUUAUUUGUUUGUUUAGAUUAAAUAGGAAGAGUUCAAGAAUUGACUCGAAGGCUAAUUUGGAGCCUGAAGUGGGUUCUAAGAAGGAGAAAUUUUACAUUUCAUAUGCUGACUUAAUGGUUCCCAGCAACGUUGAAUAUGAUCCUAAACGACUGGAUAUUCCCAUUUAUGACUUUAGAAGGAAUAGCUUAUCUUCCUCUGAUUCUAUUGAGAUUAAAAUCGCCCCUAAUGACAACUCUUUUGAGGUUCCUGAACAGAAACUACAUCCAAUACUCUUUGAAUCUAAUACUCUAUUCCGUCAAAAACACCCUUGGCUACAUCCUACACUCUCAUUCACUAAACUCUGUAAAAUAAAGUAUAAUGUGAUGUCAUUACCGAAUUUGAUCCAUCAUGUGGACCCAUCAACAUCGGCAAUAGCAUGGACGCUAAUCGAAAGACUUGUUUUGAAUGGGGUGUUAACGAAGUUUAACAGGAAGUUGUUCUCAUCCGUGUGUUAUAUUCUGGCGUACAAGUUUAACCAGGACUUCGAGUAUGAGGUGAUCAAUGAGAUUCUCACAAUUUUUACGCGUGAAAAGAACGUCGACGCCAAGUCGAUUUUCUACAAUGAAAUGAAGAUUUUUGCACUUUUGGAAUUUUCACUGAAACUCAAGUAUACGUAUAUUCAAACGCAUAUUAACCAUUAUUUGGACUUCAACAAAAUUUCCUUCUUCGAACUCUAUGACACUCCCGAGUCCACCUAUACAAUGCUUGAGCUCGACUAACACUCUAUUAUCUUAAUUUUUGUCUAUUUACCAUAA